AGGAGAGAAAGUCGUUAAAUGCGGAAGUUUGAAGACGUUUGUCUCCUCAGAAUCAUCGUGAAGAAGUUUGAAGAAGUUUGAAGAAGUUUGAAGAAGUUUGAAGAGACGAGCCUGAACUUUGUUUCCGGAUCCAACGAACUCUGUUGUGUCUCCGCUCCAUCAUGGUCUCUGAGGUGUACUCUGCCACGACGGCUCCGAGCCCCAAGUCCUCCUGGUGCCAGGUUCCAUCGGAGCGGCUGGACCGAGUCCGCUUCCUGGUCAAAGUCUCUGAAGUGAUCUUCUCCUUCGUGGCCUUCGUCCUGGAGGAGGUGGUCAGCAGCUGCUCCAGCUGCUUCGCCCUCUACUUCUUUGAGUUCGUCAGCUGCACGGCGUUCCUCUUCACCCUGCUGCUGCUCGUCCUCCUCUCCACCGCCCUGCACGCCAGGGUCGGCGUCACCUGCUGGCCCAAACUGGACUUCUGGUACACCUCCCUCAUCGCCCUCUUGUUUUUCGUCUCCUCCAUCAUUUUUGCGACGAACAACAACGGAACAGAUCUGGAGAAAAGUGCUGUGGGGUUUGGGUUCUUGGCGAUGUCGGCGUUCCUCUUGGAUCUCGUCUUCUUUUAUAAAACCAGCGGACUUCCUUUUCAGAAGUCUGGAGGCGGCACCCCCGCAGAGGGCGGGGCUCAGCUGGAGACGGAGAAACUUAACUCUGUCUCUAACCCCAGCGCGGCAGAAUGAGGUUCAAUGUGUGUUUAAUGCGUCAGAGCUUAUUUUACACACGACUCCUUUAAUGUGGCGACGGAGUGAGACCAGGAAGAACGACACUAAAACCAUGAACCACUAAAACUUCUGCUUUACAGCAAAUCUGUCAUAAAACUGAACGUUUAUCAACUCUAGUUAAACUGUUUGUAUAAAAGUUCAUAUGAAACUUUCACGUCACUCAAGGAAAAAUAUUUCGAAUGAACCAUUAAGAGAAGAAAAGUUCGACUGGUGGUUUUAUGUCCCUGAACGUCUCCUGAUGAUUUAGAGAAAAGACGUUUUUCAACCUGUUACCGGACGUUGUUAAGUGUCCAGCAGAGGGAGCUGUUUGUCAUCAGGCUUCUACAAUUCACUGAUUAAUCAAGAUCAGCCAAUUGUUCAGUUCAAUUUGUAUAGCACCAAAUUAUAAUCAACAAUUAUUUCAAGGCUCUUUACACAGAUGGUGAAUCAAUGAGUCACUUAGGUUAUGGAAACCUUGACAAAUGAAAAUAAAAGAAGCAGCUGGAGUGACAUCACACACGAGGUUCUUCACGGGUCGAGCUGCUGUCAACGAACCCAGAAGAAAAUCUGUCACUAAACUCAGAAUUCAAAAGUUUAAACUAGUUUUGAUUUGAAGUGCGUCUGAGGUGUCGUCCACAGAUCUCGUCUUAAUUUCUAAUUUCACCUUUGUACGUAUAAAAGUUUCUUUAUUUUAAAUGUUUAACUUAAAGUUAAUGUUUUAACUUGAGAGAUUUUUUUUUUGUCUUGUUCUAACAGAUUUUUUUUGUCUUAAAAACCAUUCUUUUUUUUAUGAAGGAAAUGUUGAUGUUUUGUUUCGAGCGAGGACUCCAGCUGUAAACUUUAGUUGUUUGGCUUCAGUCGGAUGUUGAUGUGAAAUGUUGUGUUAUAUUUGUCUAUUGAUUUUAGUUGAAUGAAUGUUUGAUGAAUUGAUUUAGUCUGAAUUCUCCAGAACAGAGUUUUGUUUGUUCCAGGUGGAAGUUUCGAAAGAUUGUUAGUGAAAUGUUUUUAGUGAAAUCUCACUUUGAACAUUUUAGUCGAAGGAGCCAAUGAGCGACUCGAAUCAGCCUGAAGAGAUUUUACACUUUAGUCACAACAAAAAAAAAAGUUCUAGUUCGUAUUUUAACUUUUAUGCCCAGAUAUUAAAGUGGACUGCAACUGAAAAGCACCAGUGACGUUUUGACAAGUCGUUGAGUUCCUUCCAGUGUUCACAGAUUCUUCUUGUUUUUAACUUUCAUUUAAAUUCAGAAGACAGGAUUGAAAAUGUCCUCAAGUCAUAAUGAACUUUUAAUCAGAUGUGUUAAGUUGAUUCAUUUAGGGUUUAAUUGAUGGAGCAGGAAAUCUGAGGUGUGACACUUAUUAUAUGUUUCAAUUUUUACCUUUGACUCUGUAUAUUUACUGGAAACAAUCAAUGACAUCUGUAAAAUAAAACAUUGAAUAUACUGGACACUUUUAAAAAAUAUUGUUUUCUAUUUCAUGUAAGUCAGACAAUCCAGAAAAGUUGUUUAUAUUUCAACAUGAUUCAUGUUCACGACCAAAUCAAGUUCAUGUUGGAAUAGAGAAAAAUGUUUUUAUAGUUUAUACAGAGUGUAUUUCUAUGAUCUGUAUUUUUGUGGCGUAAUAAACAGAUUUUCAAAGAA